AUGGAUCAUGGGGCCAUGCGACGCGGCGGCCAACCCAGGUCCAGCAUUCCAGCCAAACGAUCCGCCGCUGAUGCCCAAGAGGAAGCCUGGGUUGCCAACGAGGACCGCUUUGUACUCAAGCAGGCCAAGAAGAAGGCCAUCAUUCGGGCUCGAGCUGGGAGAGCAGACCCCAUCGACCUGCUUGCGGUCACGCUACGCGCCCUGGAUGCCACCCGCGAUGGUUACGACAGCGACGAUGACGAUGGAGAACUUCCUGCCGUUGAUCCCGAAGGUGUCUUCGAAGGUCUCGAUGACAUUCAACUCGACGAACUGGACAAAGGAAUCGAUACCUACCUGACCCUCGAGCACAGCAAAAGUAACCGCGACUUCUGGAACGUACGUGCUGCAUCCGCCCAAGUUGCUGUAAUCCCGCUGACUCCUUUUGCUAGNACAAUGAAGGUCAUUUGCAAAGACAGGCGACGUGCUGCCCCUGGCAAGCUGCAGACUGCACGAGGAAUGUCGUCCGUCACUCCCGAGAUCGAUCGCUUACUUGCGCCAAAGACACAUGAACAGCUCGAGACGUUGGAGAAGCAGGUCAAAGCAAAGCUGAGGUCCAACGACGACAUUGAUGUCGAUUACUGGGAGAACCUUCUCAAAAGCCUGUCCAUCUACAAGGCCAAGGCCAGGUUGCGUCAAGUGUCCAAAUCUGUCCUGGGAGCUCGUCUGGAAACCUUGCGACAGCAACAAGAACAAGAGGCUUCGGCCCUACGCAACAAGAUUAGAGAAACCCUGACAACCUCCUCGCUCGCCGCUUCAGAAGAGCAGACGCCACAUGCAGCAUUGCCUGCUGCUUUAGACCCGGAGCCUUUGUUACGCUUGAACCCCGAGGACAAAACGUUGGUCUCGUUAGAAGAGAAUGAUUUCAAGCAGAAAUUGGUUCAAGAUAGACGCAGGGUUCUCAAGCUCGGUUACGUCCCGGCUCGCCAUGGCACCAAAACAUCCAGUACCGAUCUCGCUUUGUCUUCUGAACCGAAGCGGGACGAUACGUCCAGGGCUACAAGUGCAUUGUAUGACCGAGAGGCUGCGAGGGGUUUCAAUGAUAACGAAGAAGCAUUCAACGCCGAGGAGGACGUUUCGACUGGAAGGCCGAAAUGGGCCGAUACCCAUCGUCCUAGAAAACCACGCUACUUCAACAGAGUUCAGAUGGGCUAUGAGUGGAACAAGUACAACCAGACUCAUUAUGACCACGAAAAUCUUCCACCCAAGGUCGUUCAGGGCUACAAGUUCAACAUUUUCUACCCCGACCUUGUUGACACAACCAAAGCACCCACCUUUCGCAUCGAGCGCGAGAAUGGUCGCAAGCGAGGCGAAUCGUUUGCACCUGCUGGAGCUGAGGACACUUGCCUCAUCCGUUUCGUAGCUGGACCUCCGUACGAAGACAUCGCCUUCCGUAUCGUUGACAAAGAAUGGGACUAUAGCGCAAAGCGCGAACGUGGCUUCAGAAGCAGCUUUGACAAGGGCAUUCUCCAACUACACUUCCAAUUCAAGAAGAUCUAUUACCGAAAGUGA